AUGUACGAGAUCAGCUAUGACCCGUGCAUCAUUGGUGCCAGAGACAUGCUCGUUGGCAUCGACGCUCAACUUGGACCUGUCCGCAGCGACUCCUAUCUUGACGAAGGAAAGCGCAGGCUCAUGCGAGUCUUUGUUUUGACCACCGGGGCCUUCAUCCCAACAGCGCCGGUCGUACUCGAAUGCAGAAGUCCUUCUGGCGUUUCCGAGCAUACCACUUUCAUAAUUGCCGUAAUCCUCGCCACGAUGGUUCAAGCAAUUGCCGUCCCGGAGUUCUACAUUCCUGCCAUAUCGUCCUUGAUAUACAACAAAGUCGUGGAAAUGGAUAUGCUUGUGGUCAUCAGCAUUACAGGUCUCUUCUUCGCCGGCAGUGACCUAGAUACCAAACCUUUCUUCGAAACAAGUACACUGCUGAUCACCUUGAUCCUGCUUGGUCGACUUCUUGUGGCUCGGGCUCGCAAAAGAGCAGUGAAGGCGGUGUCGUUGAGGUCUCUGCAAGCGUCGAUAGCUAUGCUCAUCGACCAGACCAUAGGCCGAGUCAUUGAGAUUGAUGCGCAUCACUUCAAUACGGGGACAGAAUCGGUUCGAGAACAAUCUGCCGGCGACGCCAUCGGAACCGACCAUAAACUAUUGUGUCGCUGUUCUGGCCACCAGUUGUCCCUGUUGCGCUGGGAUUGGCAGUUCCGAUGGUACUCGGUGGUCGCUAGAGGGGUGGCUGCUCGUGGAGGCGUGAUCAUCAAAAAUGCAGAUAUCAUCCACCGCGGCUUCAAAGUCACCGAUAUGGUCUUUGGCAAGACAGGAAACCUCACUGAGCCGAGCCUCGAAGUUGUGCAAGAGUUGAUCUUUCCCACGGACAUAGCUGAUCAAGACGCCAUGCUCUCUAUAAUCAUGACGAUGGUGAGGAGCAACAAGCAUCCAGUGUCCAAAGCAUCUGGGCAGUCAGUGUCCAGCCUUGGAAUGACCACCAAACCAGAACAGGAGCUUGGGCCGAGAGUGACCCAAGAUUCUAGCUCUACAGAAAUAACGACUGCACCGGAAGAGAGCCCCCAGGUGUUGGAGUUGUUCCAGAAUCUCCCGAAAUGCAUGCAGGUCUACCACUAUCCCCUCAACAGGCGUAGACGUGCGAUCAUCGCUACAAUUAGAAUCAGACAUUCGCUUAUUCAACCAUCGAUCCCCGACGACUCUAGAUCAUCUAGAAGUUAG